GGAAACUUCAAGAAAUCGAAACUACAGGGUGUAGAGAGCACUCCGAGCCUGUCCAGGCAUCCGGACCGCAGCUGCUGCGUGCCCAACAUGAACCGCACGUCCCAGCCCUUCUUCACUGGUGCCCACAGCAGGGUCCCCCCGAGCUAUGAGAUGCUCAAGGAGGAGCACGAGGUGGCCAUGCUGGGGGCUGCCCAGAGCCAGGCCCCCGUGACGACCACGGUGAUCAACAUCCAGAGUGAGACCUCCGUGCCCGACCACAUCGUCUGGUCCCUGUUCAACACCAUCUUCAUGAACUGGUGCUGCCUGGGCUUCGUGGCAUUCGCCUACUCCGUGAAGUCUAGGGACCGGAAGAUGGUGGGCGACAUCACUGGGGCCCAGAGCUAUGCCUCCACCGCCAAGUGCCUGAACAUCUGCGCCCUGGUCCUGGGCAUCCUUCUGACUAUUGCCUUCAUCAUUCUUUUCGCCACUGGCUCUCUGAUGAUUUUUCAAGCAAUUUCCCAGUUCAUGAAGGAGAAUGGAGGCCACUAGCAGCUGCCCGCAGCCCGAGGCCGUCACCCCUUUUCACUGCCGUUUAUACACGCGUCUGUCCACAGUUGAAUAAAGCAAAGCAUUUGUGUGUGAG